AUGGCCGACGUCGCCGUUGACAGCCCGGCCAACAGCGUGCCACCUCACAAGAAGCAGCUCUCGUCAUCCAUACCAAACAUCGACUCGUUAGAGGGCUUCGCAACUGAGGGCAAUGAUGACUACUCAACUUUCAAAAAGCUCCAAAGGCAACUUGAGUACAUCAACCUCCAAGAAGAGUACAUCAAGGAUGAACAGAGGAGUCUCAAGCGUGAGCUCGUGCGAGCACAGGAGGAGAUCAAGCGCAUCCAGAGUGUGCCGCUGGUGAUAGGCCAGUUCAUGGAAGCCAUCGAUCAGACCACGGGGAUAGUACAAUCCUCAACAGGCUCCAACUACGUCGUCCGCAUCCUCUCCACUCUCGACCGCGAACUCCUCAAGCCGUCCUCCUCCGUCGCCCUUCACCGCCACUCCAACGCCCUCGUAGACAUCCUCCCACCAGAAGCCGAUUCUUCCAUAGCCAUGCUCGGCGCCGAUGAGAAGCCGGACGUCACAUACGCAGAUGUCGGAGGUCUGGACAUGCAAAAGCAGGAGAUCCGAGAAGCCGUUGAGCUGCCUCUUACCCACUUCGACCUAUACAAGCAGAUCGGCAUCGACCCUCCUCGUGGUGUCUUGCUCUAUGGGCCUCCCGGAACGGGAAAGACUAUGCUUGUCAAAGCGGUCGCCAACUCGACAACCGCCUCCUUCAUCCGCGUUGUCGGCUCCGAGUUCGUGCAAAAGUACCUGGGCGAGGGCCCACGCAUGGUUAGAGACGUUUUUCGGAUGGCGCGCGAGAACUCGCCUGCCAUUAUCUUCAUCGACGAGAUUGACGCCAUCGCCACGAAGCGUUUCGAUGCCCAGACCGGUGCGGACAGAGAGGUGCAGCGGAUUCUGCUCGAGCUGCUGAACCAGAUGGAUGGCUUCGAUCAGACGUCGAACGUCAAAGUCAUCAUGGCCACCAACCGUGCCGACACGCUUGAUCCGGCUUUACUACGACCAGGCCGUCUGGACAGGAAAAUCGAGUUUCCCAACUUACGUGAUCGCCGAGAGAGGCGCCUGAUCUUCUCGACUAUUGCAAGCAAGAUGAGUCUGUCACCCGAGGUCGACUUGGACAGCCUGAUUGUGCGGAAUGAUCCGCUAUCCGGUGCCGUAAUUGCGGCCAUCAUGCAGGAAGCGGGUCUCAGAGCGGUGCGGAAGAACAGGUACAACAUCAUCCAGAGCGAUUUGGAGGAUGCGUAUAGCAGCCAGGUGCGAAAUACAACGGAAGACGCGAAUCGUUUCUCGUUCUACACUUAG